AUGUCGGACGUUUGUGCAUCGGCGUGGCAAAGUGCCGUUUUCGAUGUGGCGGUGUAUCCCUUGACCUCGGCCCGAACUUUGAUUGAGCUUGGCUUCGAACCGUACCCGCUACGCCAUCCCACAAUGAAGGUGUUUUUUGGUUGCGACACCUUGUUCUUGCCUAAUCUUUAUUCGUAUGGUAGGUUGGUACUGAUUCUUUUGUAAAGAAAGUUUUUGCUAUUUUUUGUUUUGUAAAAAAAGUUCUUGCAGUUUUUCAUAUUGUAAAAAAGUUCUUGCCAUUUUUUACAUUGUAUAGAAAGUAGUUGCCAUUUUUUAAUUUGUAAAGAAAGUUUUUGCCAUUUUUUGUUUAGUAAGCAAAGUUUUUGCUAUUUUAAAAGAAUUACAAGCUUUUUAUUACUAUUUUUGAGCCACGCAGCCUGUGGGUGACAUUUUAUACGAUGGAUGCUACUUUUGAUUGCCUUUUACUCUGUAAAGAAAGUUCUUGCCAUUUCUCAAUCUGUAAAAAAUGUUCUUGCCAUUUUUCAUAUUGUAAACAAAGUUCUUACAAUUUUUUGUUUUUUAAAGAAAUUUUUUGCCAUUUUCAGUCUACCGAACCAUUCAGGACCAUGGAGUCUGGGCGUUGUAUCGAGGAGUGGAGGCUUGUGCAGUUCGAACGUUCUUGUUCAAUGGGGCCGUUACUCUCACUUUCAAUGUAAGUGUGGUCAUUUUUAAAGUGAAAAAAAUUGUUAAUUUUAGUUUUCUAAACAUAGUUCUUGUCAUUUUUGAUUUGUAAAGAAAGUUCUUGCAAUUUUUCGCUUUGUAAAGAAAGUUCUUGCCAUUUAUCGUUUUGUAAAGAAAGUUUUGGUUAAUUUAUGCCAUUUUUAGCUGAUGCGUACUCAUGUCCCGAACAUGGGCGGAGAGCCAGUCCGCCCAAACGUCAAAGACUACAAACUGACCCAUUAUGAAAGCUUCAGAAGACGGUUCCGAAGUCUGAUCCGCCAAACUUUUAUACAAACCAUCGCUGUGGUCGCUACUCAACCUCUCCUUGGUAAGAAAUGUUUUUUGAUUUUUUUUAAUUUUUAAAAAUGGAAAAAAAUUGCAUUUUUUAAGUUUGCACCGUGCAAAAAUUAAAAAAAUUUAAUUUUAGGUAACAAAAUUGCAAAAACUUUCGUUACAAACUAAAAAAUGGCAAGAACUUUCUUUACAAUGCAAAAAACAAUAAAAAAUCACAUCGAUCGUAUAACUUGUCACCCGCAGGCUGCGUAGUGCAAAAACAGUAUUUUAAAGCUUGCUAUCUUUUUAAAAUGGCAAUAACUUUAUUUACAAAGCAAAAAUGGCAAGAACUUUCUUUACGAAACAAAAAAUAGUAAGAACUUUCUUUACAAAGUCAAAAAUGGCAAGAACUUUCAUUACAAAACUAAAAGUGCAAGAACUUUUUUUUCAGUUUGUAUGGUCCGAGAGAUUGCCCAGCAUAUUAGAAACGAGACUACCUACGGCUAUGUCCACGAAACCUUGAUGAAGAUUGGAGAAGAAGAAGGCCUUCCGGGCUUAUUCGCUGGCCUCAUCCCAACCUUAUUGAGCAGCUACUUUUGCAAUUGGUCUUUGGGUGCGGUGGGAUUCGUGCUGGACAGAUUUAUUUGGCCUUACAAGAAGGGGGUAAGUCGAAAUUUUGAAAAUUUUGAAAAAAGUGAGUUUAUAUGUUGGAAAGAAAGUUUUUGCUAUUUUAGGCUUUGUAAAGAAAGUUUUUGCAUUUUUUUCUUUUGUAAAGAAAGUUCUUGCCAUUUUCGUUUUGUAAGGAAAGUUCUUGCCAUUUUUUUUAUUUUGUAAAGAAAGUUUUUGUUAGUGUAGGCUUUGUAAAGAAAGUUUUUGCCAUUUUCAAUAUUUUUUUAUUUUCAGUAUGAGCCAGAAGACCCCCAAAGUUUGCUACGCCCUAAAGCCUUGUCAACGAUUUUCAUCGACAAAUUCCUCAUCAAUCCAGGCGGCCAACGAUAUCGUAAUGUGUCUCGAAUGAUGUGUGUGACUGGCACUAGGUAAGAUGAGCGUUUGUUACCUAAGAAUCAAAGAAAAUUCUAUUUUGUUACCUAAAAUGAAAGAAAAGUCUGUUUUUUUACCUAAACAUCAAAAAAAAUUCUACUUUGUUACCUAAACAUCAAUGUUUUAGCCUAAAAGCCGCCACCAUCCCCUACGCCUAUUCGUUUGUUCACUGGACUGAAGCCUUUGGCUUCCUGAGAAAGGAGAACUUGCUCAGCCGCGGCUGUUACACCAUCUUCCGAGUUCAUUAUGGUGCCGUUUUCAAGGAUCCAAAAACUCAACAACUCUUUGCCACGACUUCGCUUCGAGCCUUUUAA